CGUGAAGUGAGUCCGGCGGCUCGUGAAGUCCGGUAGAGACCACGCUGUUCCGUGUUCAUUCCUCUCAUUCUCAUCCUUGGCCUCCACAAAUAAGCCUUACUUCUCAUUCUCUGCUUCGCGUCACCACCACACACCGCUCCUCCCUCCUCGCUAGUUUCCUCCGUCGCAAGAUCGCUUUCAGGAGAUCUGCUGGUUCGAGCCUCUUCUCCAUUUCUCCCUAUUUGCUUCAGGCAUCUUGGUUAAUUGGGCGAGCGGGGCAAUGGCAACAAAGGCUUUGAGCUUUGUUGUUUGCGACUUCACAAGCCGAUUUGAUUCGAAGUUCUCACCUUGUCGUUCAAGGGCUCCCACACUUAGAUGCUCUGUCCAUUUCUCCUCUGACGCUGCUACCACUGGUAAGGAACAGAGGCCUUGGAAAAAUUCAGAUGCUAGACUUGUGCUGGAGGAUGGUUCAAUCUGGAGAGCCAAGUCAUUUGGGGCUUCAGGAACCCAAGUUGGUGAAGUUGUAUUUAAUACGUCAUUAACUGGGUAUCAAGAAAUUCUGACAGAUCCUAGUUAUGCUGGCCAGUUUGUGCUGAUGACAAAUCCACAUAUUGGCAAUACUGGUGUAAAUUUUGAUGAUGAAGAAUCUAGAGAGUGCUUCCUUGCUGGUCUAGUAAUCAGAAGUUUGAGUAUUAGCACUUCAAACUGGAGAUGCGCAGAACCACUGGGCGAUUAUUUAGCAAAAAGGAAUAUCAUGGGAAUCUAUGAUGUUGAUACCCGUGCAAUCACACGCAGGCUAAGGGAAGAUGGAAGUCUUAUUGGUGUCUUGAGCACUGACAAUUCUAAAACAGAUGAUGAACUACUUCAGAUGUCUCGUUCAUGGGAUAUUGUUGGUAUUGAUCUAAUAAGUGGAGUAUCAUGCAAAGCACCUUAUGAAUGGGUUGACCAAACAGCUCAAGAAUGGGGUUUUAACUCCAAUGGAAGUCCUAGAGAGACCUUCCAUAUUGUUGCAUAUGAUUUUGGAAUCAAGCUUAAUAUACUUAGGCGCCUAGCAUCUUAUGGCUGUAAAAUUACUGUGGUACCAUCUACAUGGCCAGCAUCAGAUACUUUAAAGUUGAAGCCAGAUGGAAUUCUUUUCAGUAAUGGUCCUGGUGAUCCCUCUGCUGUUCCCUAUGCCAUUGAAACUGUGAAGAAUAUCCUGGGAAAGGUGCCUGUUUUUGGAAUUUGCAUGGGCCAUCAAUUGUUAGGCCAGGCAUUGGGAGGUAAAACCUUUAAGAUGAAAUUUGGUCACCAUGGAGGAAAUCAUCCAGUUCGUAACCUACUAACUGGCCAUGUUGAAAUUAGUGCUCAGAAUCACAACUAUGCGGUUGACCCUGCAACAUUGCCAGAAGGAGUAAAGGUUACUCAUAUCAAUCUUAAUGACGGAAGUUGUGCCGGCCUCGCAUUUCCUGCUCAGAAGAUCAUGUCACUUCAAUACCACCCUGAAGCAUCUCCAGGACCUCAUGAUUCCGAUUAUGCUUUCAAGCAGUUUGUGGAGCUAAUGAGGAAGGAAAGAAACAUGAAGCCUGAAGCAAAUCUACACCAUCUGUCAACCGUGCAAGUUGUGGAUGCUUAGUGCUGUUAAGCGAGCUGCUAUUCCAAUGAGGAUGAAAUGUUAGGCAUUAGUAUCAAUGAUUUUGUAGAUGAAUUUAUCCAUCAAUGUUCUGCCAAGUUUAAUUUAGGUUUUCAUGGUCUACCUUGUGUACCUAAAGCUAGCUUGCCUGAGAUUGCUGUAUCUUUGCAGUCAAAUGAGGAAUUCGUUUUGUCUGGAACUUUUGGAUUGAGCAGUUGGAUAAUCACAAGAUCACCAUGUUACAAUUC